CGGGGUGGACGCCCCUCCUCUACGUUUUUGCUCCCCUCGCGCACUUGUGGGAGGGUCCACGGGCCCGCGCGCUCUGAGGAGACGCGGCGGGCUGUGGAGCAGAGCGCGAGCGGAGCAGGACGAGACGGCGGCGGCGGCGCGAGCAGCUCGGCACAGCAGCGCGCGCAGCAACGCACAUGAGCGCACCGUCGGUCCGCGGCCGCCCGCCGCCCGGGCGCCUUCGUGCAGCUUCCUGAGCACCGUACGCCCGGUGGGAGGGGGUGCUGGUGUCUCCCGCCGAGCGCGAGCAGCUGGAGCCAGAAAGGGCGGGAGAGCAGAGCCGCGGCGGGCAGCUCGCGAGCCCAUGCCGGGCGGCUGAGGUCGUGAGUGAGUGAGGACGGCUGUGGUGGUGGACGGGGAGCGUGCGGCGUCGAACCGUCAGGUGGAAACCGGCGGCCGUGCCAGUGAGGCACCGCAGAGUCUCGGCCCCUUUCGUCAGAACCGAACCCAGAACCCCUCAGUGAGGACCGUAGGGGGUGUGGUUACAAAGUGAGAAGUGGACGACGGCAAACGUCUUGGUGACCGCGGGGCAGCAGAGUGCAGGGGCCGGUGGCCGAGACUGACGGACGCUUUCUGUGAACCAUUAGCAGAACCGUUUGAGGUCAGAGGUGUCGGCGUCGCGUCGCGCUCCAGUUUGACGGGAUUUCUCGACCCCUGCUGACACACCAGUACCCCAUCCAGACGCAGGUGCCUCCUCCAGUGAUCUGGCGGUGAGGCGCCAUGGCAGGUCAUCUGGGGGUGCUGCUGGCGGUGCUGGUGCUCGCGGGGCCGCUGUGCUGUGGCUGCCCUCCCCGUUGCGACUGUGUGCCCCAGCAGAGGGCGGUGUCAUGUCAGCGUCGGCGGCUGACCGCCGUGCCCGAGGGGAUCCCCACAGAGACGCGCGUGCUGGACCUGAGCCGCAACCGGCUGCGCUGGGUGGAGCCGGGCGACCUGGCGGGUUUCCCGCGCCUCGAAGAGGUAGACCUGAGUGAGAACGUCAUCAGCGCACUGGAACCGAACGCCUUCGCCGGGCUGCAGAGCCUGCGUGUGCUGCGGCUGCGCGCCAACCAGCUGCGCCUGGUGCCUGCCGGAGCCUUCGCAGACCUCACCAACCUGACCUUGCUGGACCUGAGCGAGAAUCGCAUCGUCAUCCUGCUGGACUACACAUUCCAGGACCUGCGUAGCCUGCGGCGCCUCGACGUUGGUGACAACGACCUGGUGUACGUCUCUCACAAGGCCUUCGCCGGCCUCCUGGGCCUCGAGGAGCUCGCCAUCGAGCGCUGCAACCUGACGUCCAUCUCGGGCCAGUCGCUGUCCUACCUGCGCAAUCUGGUAACGCUGCGCCUGCGCCACCUCAACAUCGGUGCCCUGGAGGACCAGAACUUCCGCAAGCUGAGCAACCUGCGCGGCCUGGAGAUCGACAGCUGGCCGUCGCUCGACUACGUGUCGCCCCUGAGUUUCCAGGGCCUCAACCUGUCCUGGCUGUCCAUCACCAACACGAACCUGAGUUCCGUGCCGUCGGCCUCCUUCCGUAACCUGGCGUACCUGACGGCGCUCAACCUGUCCUACAACCCUAUCUCAGUCAUCGAACCGUGGGCCUUCCGCGAGCUCGUGCGGCUCAAGGAGCUGCACCUGGUGAGCACAGGGCUGUCGGCGGUGGAGCCGCGGGGGCUGGGCGGCCUGCGCCAGCUGCGCCUCCUCAACGUCUCUUCCAACGAGCUGGUGACCCUGGAGGAGGGCGCCUUCCACUCGGUCAACAGUCUGGAGACGCUGCGUGUGGACGGCAACCCGCUGUCCUGCGACUGCCGCCUGCUGUGGAUCCUGCAGCGGCGCCGGACGCUCAACUUCGACGGCAGGACGCCCGUGUGUGCGGCGCCACCCGAGGUGCGUGGCAACACACUGACGGCGUUCUCCGACUCGGCGCUCUUCGACUACUUCACCUGCCAGAAGCCGCGCAUCCGCAACCGGCGCCUGCAGCAGGUGACGGCGAGGGAGGGCCAGGCCGUGUCGUUCGCGUGCCGCGCCGAGGGGGAGCCGCCGCCCGCCAUCGUGUGGAUCUCACCGCAGCGGCGCCGCAUCACAACCAAGAGCGGCGGGCGCGUGGCGGUGCUGCCCGGCGGCACGCUCGAGAUCCGCUACGCUCAGGUCACAGACAGCGGCACCUACAUCUGCAUUGCCAGCAACGCUGGCGGCAACGACACCUACUUCGCCACGCUGACGGUGAAGGGGCACCCCCUGGUGGAUGCCACCCUCUUCGGAAACCGUUCCUUCUUCGCCAGCGACCUCAACGACACCAACCUGAACAGCACGCGCGUCUUCCUGAAGUUCACGCUGGACCUCACCACCAUCCUGGUCUCCACUGCCAUGGGCUGCAUCACCUUCCUGGGCGUGGUGCUCUUCUGUUUCCUGCUGUUGUUCGUGUGGAGCCGCGGGCGCGGCCAACGCAAGAACAACUUCACAGUGGAGUACUCCUUCCGGAAGGCAGAGGGCCCGACGACGAGCACGAGCCAGGGGGGCACGCGCAAGUUCAACAUGAAAAUGAUUUGAGGCGCGCGUGCACACUCGCACACAAACAAGGACCACACACACACACACACACACACACAGUGCCGCCCACAUCCUGACACCCUGCCAGUGAUGGCAGUGUUAUUUUGCGUUAAUUAUGCGAUUGUUGUUCUUGUUUUUGUUGUUGUUGUUGUUAUCGUCAUUGUCACCUGGAGGGUGAUACUGAGAGUUGCACUCACUGCCGAAACCUUGAUCUCCUUGUUUGGGAGUGGCCUCUGGGUCCCCAGAUUUUUAUUUUUGAUUUUUAUUUUUUAACCUUCUCAUCAGUGUCUCUCCUCUGUGAUGCGCCCCCUGCCAGUCCGCACCAGGAACGCGGAGCACAGCAGCAAACCAGACCGCCAGCUCCUUCCCAGGAAGUUGUAUCACUGCCACAUGGGGGCGCCGUUGCACUGGGAAAGGCUCAUAAACGCGAUCAAAAAAUCUGUCCCUUUCCAGAGUCCUGCGACGUUAGUAUUUUCUCUGUCGUUAAUUUGCUUAAAUUGUGGUGAGCAGUGACCCAGUGCCCUCCAGCUGGGGUGGAGCUGCUCCUCACACACAACUCUGUGGUGUAAAUACUGUGGAACAUCUGUGGAAACAUGAGUGUUUAAUAUGUGGUUUCCCUCGUGUCUCGUACGACGCCGGACUCCGAGUCGCACGCCACGUACAGAUGGGAUUUCAUCCUUUGAGUUCAGUGUGUAGUAUUACUCCUGCUGCGGUUCGAACCCUCCUUGUCCUCCCGUUAGUCCAUGGGUUGCAAACGAGACGAUUCGCGUAUGUGAUCAACUAUCACAUAAAAUGUGCUGUAUUUCUAAGACCAUAAUAAGGAUAUUGCUCUGAAAUUUUUAUCGCCAGAUGAGCUGUGGUUCGAACCCGUGCCUCUGACCGUCAUUUGAGCGGCUCGGAGUUUGGGGCCCAAAGCUGCGGUUAAGAACCAGCUGUAAGCAGCAGUGCAAACAGAGAGGCUUGUUUCUCGAGGCAAUAAGGCCGGUGGUGCCGUGGAGCCGCGCCGGGGCUGCACUGGGCCACAGGCCCUCUUUUAUAAGCGAGGUUUUCUAUUCACCACCGACAUUCUUCGUCUUCCAGGGAUCGUUGUGUCGAUGCACCUUUUUUAUUGACGCGAGAGACGCUGAACUUUGUACAGAAGAAUCCCGUGUGGACUUUUUGUGAUACGCUGCAGCGCUUUCCUCAGCUCGCAGCUCUUUCUCCGAGGGGUUCGCUCCGCCCGGGCCGGCACCCGUUCCUAGGUCUCCGAAGCCCUCAAACGCGACAAUGCUCGAACGAGACGGUGCCAGGACCCCCCACCCGAGCCCGGGUCUGCGCUGACCUCUCCGAGUUUCUGGCCGCGCGGGUGCAGCUCCACAGAAAUGAGCCUCUCUGGUGCCGGAUGCCGCGGAGGACAUCCUGCAGGGGAUCGGUCGUCCACCAGGGGGCGACCUUUCCCCCGUCUUUGCAGCGUUGCUAUGCUAGGGUGCUCGCUGGGCGACCGUGGCUCUAACGCAGGCCGCUCGUGUCCCAAUCCCUUGACCUGGUGCCAAACUCGUCGAGAAGUUUGUGUUUGUCGGUUCGGAGACCUAGGAGUGGGUGUCAAGGCCGUCGCUCAGCUCACAGGCCGUCCCAGUGGCACUCAGCUGGUUCUUAAUGAUGAAGGAAGGUUCCGGCUGCACCCCACCGCACUGCUUCCCUGCAGGGCUCCUCAGACGAGAGCGAGGGACACCGGGGACACAUCUCCGCUUGCUUUCGGUUCCUACAGGGAGCUGUUAGCACCAUCUAGCUCCAGGUGCAACAGCGGUUAAAGGAGACGGACUUGGGUAGCAAAGGUUUCUGGCAUGACCGUACGGUCAGAGCCCUGUUGGUAGCCUGCGCAAGGGCAUCUCAUCAGCUCCUCCCCUCUGCAGCUCCUUUGAUUGGAUAAAGGUUUACGAAAAAAGGACAAAAUGCUCUGAGCAAAAGCACAAAUGUAGCUGCUGCCGGUUGGGUGUUAGUUCCGUGCUCCUGGUCCAAGGAGGCCGAUUUCUUCAACUCUAUUCAAGCAAGUGUGAGCAAAAAGACGCAAUACUGGAGUAAAACCAGCAAUCAGGAACAGUAAUUUGAGUAAGUGACCCACACCCCCAGGUGUUUACAGUAAAGUUCUCAGUAAAAAGUGAGAUGAUGAUAUGAUGUAUUAAUUCGACCUGCGUGAUGACAAAAAUAGUACAGUGAAUAGUACCUUGAAACGUCCCCCAGCGUGUGCAGAGAAACAUUUAAUUGUGGCAACAGCCCUACAGCUACACUUUGAUCUUUGCCAAAAGGCCGAGAAGCUCCACACAUUCCUCUAAAAGCAAUGAAACGUACAGCUGGUAAGAGUGAAAUGAACCGAAACACUGCAGUAAAUAACUGAUUUGAAGGAAAACGUGCGGCAGUGGGUGCACUGGGCCUGGCAGUGAUCCGGAACCUUCCUCUCGGUGCGCGAACUCGGUCGGCCGCCUGUCGCAGCAGGGCGGGAACAGCAGUGUGUUUAUAGCACACUUGGGGUAUUUUUUACUCUUGUUUGUUUUAUACUUGUCUUGUACGAAAACACGUUUUUGUUUAUAAAAGCAUGUUCCACCA